AUGUCCAAAAGAGUGGCAUUGAGCUUUGUAAAUUCCGUGAGUUUGUUCAGACCCCGCUUUUCCCUUCUCUAUAUGGCUGAUAUAGAUUUCAGGUCUGGAGCUCCUUCCUUGCCAAAAGUGGGCUCGAACCAACGUACUUAUGGUUCUCCUAUCGUGAAUUAAUUUAGCUUUCGCUAAUACAACUUUAGGUUACUAUCGACUGUUUGUGAACUCCUAUUCUGGGCCUCUGGGGCCAUUGUGUUAAGGUAAUAGUGCGAUUGUAGCUAAAGCUUUUAAACGUCGAGCCUGGAAAGGUUAACUUUGAGCUUUUGAUUGAGAAGAUGCACACAGUAUGACUGCCCACUUUGCUCUAUUAUUUUUAAUUAAAACUAACUAUAAGUAGAAUAGAUUGGGCACACUUCACGGCGGCACAAUUGCUUCAAUGGGUAACCAAACAAGCGUGAAUAUAUUCAUCUUGCUAACAUUUAGGCAGUUGAUCUAGGUGGCUCGUUGGCCGUGGCCUCCAAAGGGUUAUUCUCCACGGGGCUAUCCACAGACCUCAAUGGUUUGUUUUUACCCAUCACUACACCUCGAGGCAUUAAUGACACUCUGCAGUAACAUACCUAAAUUCUGGAGGUAAAGUGGGGCAUAUAAUUCGAGGCGAGGCUACUUGUGAUAAGUGUAAGCUCUAAGGUGACUUUGGUGGUUCUAGAGGUAAAGCAGCUAACGAGCGAAGUUGGAAAAACGCUUGCAUAUACCACGGUGUUAUUCCGCAACAAGGACGACCAGUUGGUAGCUAGAGGGAGCCACACUAAGUUUGUGUACUCCAUGUCUCUUCUCUGGCUAUUUACUAAUUAUGGGUCUGUCCAGAUAUGUGAAAAUCGCGCUUACUGACCCGGAGAACAUCCUUGAGAAGUUGUCGCCUGAAUUAAAUAAUGGCACCUCGAGAGGGGUGACAGGAUUUUAA